GAGGGAAGGAUGGCCGGCGACCCCAACUGGGUUGGAUCGUGAGAGUGGAAAGGGCGGAGAAGGUGAUCGGCGAAUCCGUGCCUGUUUCCGGAGCAGAAGGGUGAUCGUGGAUCAUCGAUUGCUUCGACGGUGGAACGAGGAGUCAUGGCCGAGGCGGGGCGGAAGCAGGGGAGGACCAACUUCGCGGUGACCUGCACUCUCCUGAGCCAGUACAUCAAGGAGAAGGGCAGCAUCGCCGACCUUGGACUCGGGAUCGCCCAAGACGCCGCUAUAGGCAAAUCGGAAUCGGUUCGGCCUCCGACCACCAUGAGCGUGAUCCCUGGGGCGGACCUCUGCCGGGGAGAGGACGGCGCCAAGGAGAUGUUCCCCCAGAGUGUUGAUCUUGGCCCCGCUGUGUUGGAGGAUGCCAGGGAGGCAGCAAGAGGCCAACUUACCAUCUUCUAUGGAGGGAAGGUGUUGGUGUUUGACAAAUUCCCAGCCGAGAAGGCCAAGGAUCUGAUGCAGCUAGCAACCAAGGGAAACUCAGCAUCACAAAACUCUGUGAGCUCAAGAUCCGUCUCCGUCUCCUAUCAAACUUCGACCUUGGUGCCCAUCACUGCCAACAAUUCACUGGUUCCCCAGGUCCACAUGUCGAGAUCAGCACAGCCUAAUCUUCCUGAUCUUCCUAUUGCUAGAAAAGCUUCACUCCAACGGUUCCUCGAGAAGAGAAAGGAUCGGAUCAAUGCAAGAUCACCAUAUCAAGUGUCUGCCUCUCCCGAAUUGGGGAUUAAUCGAGAGGACAACAAAUCAUGGCUCGGCUUGGGUCCUCGAUUCUCCAUUCCCAGCCUCAGUCCAAGCUCUGAGUAUAACAGAUAGAAUCCUGGAUGCUUCUCCGCUCGAAGCGAAUUAUUCAAUCACAAGCUUUGAUCACUUCCUUUUUGAGGAACUUGCUUCCUUUUUCCAAACUAGAUUCAUGGAUGUUGUCACUGAUCGCUUAGAUUACAGAAUUCUUCUUUCUUGAACUGGAGCUCAUUGCUCCAGGACAGAAAGCAAAGAAAGAAACAUUCUGUAUAUACAUCUAUUUUUGUGAUUUGAACAGGUUUCAAAUCCCAGUAGCUGGAAAUGUUGUUCUCUUCCUUGAAUGGUGUUCUCUAAUGCAAGCUGAAAUAAAUUGUGGCUGUUGAAUGGAA